AUGGUAAAAAAUCUAACUUCUGGUCAGGGAGUGCAGCAAGCUGCUAAUACACCUGUUCCAACAGUCCUCUCUGUGCAAUGUGUGUGUUGUGGUGGGAAACACUCGUAUGAACAUUGUCCUCAUAAUUCUGAAUCCAUAAACUUUGUUCAUAAUGGAUCUGGUCCCUAUACCAACAAUUACAAUGCAAGUUGGAAACAACACCCAAAUUUUUCUUGGAACAAUCCAUGUUUAAAUCCACCCGCACCUAAGCAACAAGGAACUUCUAAUUUCCAACCACAACAUCAUGGAAACAGUUCUAACUCUCACCAACAAAGUUUUCAGAAUUCCCAACCACCUUUUCAAAACAAGCCACCUCCACAGGCUGAUUUAUCAUCUUCUUUGGAAGCAAUGAUAAAGGGGUUAUUUGCGCAUGCUCAAGCUCAAAAUCAAGCUUUGAUAACCCAACAAAACUCUCAAAAUCUAUCUCUUUUUAAUCAGCAAAGUGCGGCUAUCAGAAAUCUGGAAACCCAAGUCAGUCAACUUGCACUCAAUCAGACCAAUAGAGUCUUUCGUACUUUACCUAGUAACACAGAAGUCCCGAGAGCCUUAGGAAAGGAACAUGUGAAAGCGGUGACCCUUAGGAGUGGGAAGGAGUUGACUGAAAAGGUGCAAAAAGCUAGUGCACCAAGUUUGUCAAAAACUGAUGCUACAACAUUGGUCCUUGCCAAAGAAAGACCGGUCCAACCUUUAGAGAAGCAAGCAUCUGAGACCACCACUUCUGUCCCCCCUAGAUUAGACUAUCCUUUACUCUUCCCUGAGGAUGCUUUAAAAAAGUCAAAAGAGACUGAGAUUUUGGAGACCCCUAAACUUGAUGCUAAAAUUCCAUCUGAACCUCCAAAGUGCACCAAAAAGACCCAAGGCAUUCAAGACCCAUCUUGCUCAACUCAUCCAAGCAAGAAUGUGAUCAAACCAGUCCCUCCUUAUGUUCCUUACCCCCAAAGUUAUGCUAAGUUUCUCAAGGACAUCUUAAGUAAGAAGAAGAAGCUGACUGAGUAUGAAACCGUAGCUCUUACUGAAGGAUGUAGUGCACUUCUGACCAACAAGAUACCUCCUAAACUUAAAGACCCGGGAAGUUUCACUAUUCCUUGUUCUAUAGGUGGAAAAGAGAUUGGGAAAGCUUUGUGUGACUUAGGUGCUAGUAUCAACCUCAUGCCUUUAUCCGUUUUCAAUACCUUAUGCAUAGGUGAAGCUAGACCUACCACGGUUACACUCCAAUUGGCAAACAAAUCCAUAGCAUACCCUAAGGGAAAGAUUGUGGAUGUGUUGGUCCAAGUUGAUAAGUUCAUAUUUCCGGCAGACUUUAUCAUUCUAGACUUUGAGGCUGAUAAGGACAUUCCUAUCAUUUAUUGA